CCCUAAAAUGAACGCUGCGCCACCAAAUUCCUCUCUCCCCCAAAGCUUUUUCCAGCCCCUCAAAUUCCGCCGCCGCAUCUCUGUGCCUCCCUCGCAGCCACCGUCGUCAGCUUAUCGUUUUCCAUGGUAGCUGCGCGCGAAUUUCACCCCCAAUCAAAUUUUUUAUAACGAGCCGAACGCGAGCUCAAAUUGAGCCGAUUUUUGGAACGAGCCGAUCUGGAGCCAGCAUCUCUCAUCUCAUGCUUUUCACCAACUCUAAUGCUCAGGGUGAAAAGCCGCCGCGUCGGAAUUCUAGCCACCUCUUUGAACCACCGGCCAAUAAUCCGCCGGCUAGGCCGAGAAGCAACGAAUUUACGGAUUCCGACAUAGUGAUAUGCAACGUCUCUAUCAGAGAUCACUUGCGCGGUGGCCGAUUCGACGCUGCGUUGCGCUUGUUCAACUCGAUGCGUCGCAAAUCUGCGGUAUCGUAUGGCAUCUUGAUGUUUGGGUGCUUGUCCAGUGGCGAAUUUAAGCUGGCCCAUCAGCUGUUUGAUAAAAUGGCUGUGAAGAAUUUGGUCGCUGGGAAUAUGAUGAUCUGUGGGAAUAUUAAGAACAAGAAUCUCGCCGCUGCACGGCGGCAGGUGUGGAAGCAUCAAGGAGGCAUAGCCAAGACAUGGCUUUGCCGAAGUAGCUCUCCAACAUUUUGAGUCAAUAAAACAAGCAUCUAUUCCGCCUGAUGAAGUUACAAUGGUAAAUAUUAAUGAUAUUUGUGACUUUUUUUCUUGUCUACUUGGUUUUUGAUUGCCAAUAAUAUCGAGCUCGUCGAAACUCUUAGAGCUAUUUGAGUACUUUAGGUUAUCGGUAUUUUUAGUCUUGUACAACUUGUAUUGUGCAUAUAUUAAUGAUUUUUCUUUAAGUGUAACUUUCUUCUCCAUUUGCUCAUGGGCUGUAUUUAAUUGUUUUUAAUUAGGUUGGUGUUCUCUCUGUUUGACGUAUACUUCUUGGUAGAGAAGGGAAAACAUUACUUCUAGAAGGGAAAACAUUACUUCUAUUCAAUGAAGAGGUUUGGGCAGAUGAACAUAUGUUAAAUGGAAAACAUUACUUCUAGAAGGGAAAACAUUACUUCUAUUCAAUGAAUAGGUUUGGGCACAUGAGCAUAUGUUAAGAAGAUGCAAUGAAGUGGUUGUUUGGCUGGGGUUAUAAACUCUUUAAAAUAGCUUAUAAGUUAAAUAAAAAGCUUAUAUACUCCUUCAAAAUAGCUUAUAAGUUGUAUGUAUAAGAGCAUAUAUAUUCAUUCACAGUGUUUAGUAAAAUAAGCUCUUAAGUAACUUACUGUAGAAAUAAGCUCAACAACUUAUAAGUUUCCAAAAAAUAAGUGGUUUUGCCCCAAUCUAUUUAUUCAUAAUCUUAUAUGCAACAAUUAUGUUACAAAUAUUAUUUAAUUAUCGUUUGUUAUUUUCAUUAUAUUCUUUUUCAAGUUCAUCACUUUUUAAUAUUCUCUCUCUAACAAAGAUUUUCUCUAUUUAUCACAAAAUUAUCUCUUAAUACUUAUAAGCUUAAUUAUCCAAACACUUUGAUAGCGUAUAAGCUUUUGAGAAACUAUAUCUUAUAAGUUUUUGAAAUAUCUUAUAAGUUGUUGGAGCUUAUAAGCUCUUUGAAAUAAGCUUAGCCAGACAUCCUCAUGGGGAUACGGAUGUCAGAGGAUGACCGGGAUAUAGCUUGGUUGAAGUAUUAAACAAGGUUCACACAUUUUCGGUUGGAGACUUCACUCAUCUCGACGAUGAAAGCUUUCAAUCUUUUCUUGGAAGAGUCUGAUUUUGAGGGUGAAAGAAGAUGGAUAUGUUUCAGCCAUGAAGUCUGUGCUGCACGAUGUGGUGGAAGACGAAAAGCAGCAUGAGCUCAAGUACUAUAGACAUUUUCAAGAACUUGACCAUAUAUGAGGAUUGCCACACCGCGAUCGAACACAUUCCAAGAUUGUGGGGAGAUUGAUCAUGUCUCAUGAUCCGAGUUGUUUUCACCACUUCGAGGGAGCUGUAUGUAAUUGUGGAGAUUAUUGGUGAGUGAAUGAUCUUGAUCAAGAAUAUUGGUAAUUCCCCCUUCCUUGAUGCUUAGUAGUUUGUAGUUUAUUAUUUAAGUGAAAGCAGCAGCAGUAGGCAUAUCUGUAAUAUUUGGAUCGUUUAUUGCUAAUAGUGUAUAAAAAAAGAUAGAGAUUCCUUUUGGCGUUUGUAAAGAAUUUAAGAAAUAUCUUCACUCAUUUUAACAUAGUUUUUGCUUACAUUUUUGCUA